AUGAAUACAAUCCUAUCAUCAUGGAGAAAGCCUUGCACAACAGGUCGCCACUUUAAACCAGUCAUUAUCUUCCACGAUCAAUUAGGAUAUGGACACAAUGACCCGAAUGUGUGCAUCAACAACAUCAAUGCCCACGAAUACAGCACAUAUAGCAUGCGCGUAAAAGAGAUGUUAUCAAUAAAUUGUCAGAAGUGGCAACCCAAAGAGCAAAAUAAUUGUAAUCCACAAUCAUUACCAUCACCGUCUGAAUCUGAUUCGAUGGAUCAGUCACCACCAGAUAGUCCUCCUGCUUCAAAGCCACCGAAACGAAAGAGAGGCAAUCUGCCAAAACAAACCACAGCUCUUCUAAAGAGUUGGUUGGCCGAACACAAAAAGCACCCAUAUCCCACCGAAGAACAAAAGUUGUUUUUAGUGCGCAAGACUGGUCUCAGUCUGCAACAAAUCUCGAAUUGGUUCAUAAACGCACGACGACGACAUCUUCCCAAUCUUCUAAAAGGCCAACCAAUGAAAAAUAAUCACGGGUAUCCGCCAUAUGCUGAUAUACCAUCUGAUCAUUCUGAUAACACAUCAGAUAUGUGUCAACGAAAUAAUCGAAAAUGCACGCGAAUCAAUAAGAAUGGCUGUAUUAAAAAACCAUAUCCACAAAAGAGAAAAAGUUCAUACUAA